UGUGUGUAAAUAAAUUAAACCAAACAAAUAUUUAUUAAACAAAAUCUAUAGUUUGUUAAAAUGAAGCAAUUAACUUAUAUUUUAAUUUUACUCAACCUUUACUAUUGCUCUCCUCUUCACGACAGAACUUAAAUGAGUGACUGGAACAUUGUUGCAACUGCUAAAAACACUGAAGAAUGUGUUAAGUAGCUAGCAGCUUCUAACUUGGAUUAUUGCUGCUUCAAUUCUUAAGUUCAGAUCUAAAAUUCAUAAGAUAGCUAAGGCAAUUACUUUCUUUUUUAAACUUAGAAUGGUUAAGGGACUACUGCAGGAUGCCAAAAACUUUAAAAGCUAUUAGCUUAUUCUAAUUCUAAUGUAUAGUCUCCAUAAAUUCUAUUUUAAUGGGGUGAUAAUCAAUAAAUCGUUUAAAAGGUUAACUUGUUACUGAAUUAAACCACAGUUGUAGAAGAUGGUGUUACUAAAUAUAAAUUUGUACUUCAAAUACCUGCUAAUGUAGUUAAUAACUCUAGUGAUUAAAAAUUUCUUCAGACAUUAGAAUACGAAGAAGAGUAGAAACCUUAGUAAAUAAUUACCCCUAGUUAAUCUUGA